ACAACAACAAUUAUAAAAAGACCCUUCUCAAAGAGAACAUCGUGUUGUUCGUGAUCCCUUACAAACGUACCCCAAUCAAAUCUAACCAUGUCUGGCCGUGGAAAGGGAGGAAAGGUAAAGGGAAAGGCAAAGUCCCGUUCCAACCGUGCCGGUCUUCAGUUCCCCGUUGGCCGUAUUCAUCGUCUCCUGCGCAAGGGUAACUAUGCCGAGCGCGUCGGUGCCGGAGCACCCGUGUAUCUGGCAGCCGUCAUGGAAUACUUGGCCGCUGAAGUGCUUGAGUUGGCCGGAAACGCUGCCCGUGACAACAAGAAGACGCGCAUCAUCCCGCGUCAUCUGCAGCUGGCCAUCCGCAACGACGAGGAGUUGAACAAGCUGCUGUCCGGAGUAACCAUCGCUCAGGGUGGUGUGCUGCCCAACAUUCAGGCCGUGCUGCUGCCCAAGAAGACCGAAAAGAAGGCUUAAACGGUGUGACAAAGCUUCCUUCAUCUCAAACCCAAAACCGUCCUUUUCAGGGCGACAAAUUACUUUGCCAAAGACAUUUUAUUCGAUUUAUGCUGUUAUGGGAGAACCAGAAGGAAAAAAAUCCAGAUAUAUCAAGAACCGUGCUUGAAACUGUGUACAAAAUGUAAAUGAAAAAAUGGGCCGUCCUUUGGCACAAAAAGCAUCCCUUAAUAUGUUCAAUUCUGUAACCUCUCACUACGAAUUCUACAAAAUGCAGCAUAUCAUAAGCGAUGCAUAAGAUUUUCCAGGUAGCUUGUUCAAGAGGGUUGGUUUUACCAUAUACAUGCAACCAGUGAUACCUGCGUGUUGACCUUUUUCUGAAAACAGUAAAGGACACUUUUACCUGAUUUAUCGUUAACCACGGGAAAAUGUUGAAAGGGUCGAUUGUCGAAAAAUGUUGUGCGUUUAGGUAGCCUUAGGUUCUCACAAAAGUUUGGCUUUCAAUAUAUCGGGAAACGUUGACAAUGGCUUUAAAAAAGUUGGACCAAAAAUUAGGAAGGUUCAAAUAAACAACCAUACUUAUUAAUGUUUCCCUUCACCCUUCAUCUUAAUCACCAGUUACCCAAAUUUGUGAAGCAUUUUAAAGUGUUUCGUUGUUUGAAACAAUAAAAUGAUUUGCAGUGUAGGAAUGCCUAUAAAAUACAAAGUAUUGAAAUGUCCUAACGCAUAUGCAACUCCACAUUCAAUAACGCCAUCUAGUGGUGAUCAAAGUCCCUGCAACCAGUAGUAACGCCAUCUAAAUAAUUGGUAAAAGUAAGGCUCAGUGAUCUACGUUACAUAUAAAAAGCGUUACAUGCCUUUUAAAAUUUCCAAACAGUAUUUUUGAAAAGUUCAUAAACACCCCAAAAGCUUUCAAUUUUAGUAACAUUUCCUAUGAUUAGAAAGUAUAAAAUAUUAAAAAUAUUAAUAAAUUAAUAAACUAUAUGAAAUAUAAAUAUUACCUAUUCAUUCUAUGUUUCCGCCUAUUGUGAAUAAACUUUACUUUAGGUGCGAGGGCUCUUUUUUAAAUUGAGGUUAAUGAAGGUAGUAAAUAUUUGUAUGUAUUUCAUUAUCCUGCUUUAUCAAUGCGAAAAUAAAUAAAUAAUCAUUUUUAAAAGUAACCAUUUUAUAUGUGUAAGAUUGUUAUAAUUAUAAUACGUGAAGUUGUUACAACUCUGAUUGCUGUUAAAAAUGAUAGCCUAAUAGUAAUAAUAUAAUUUAUUUAUACUCAUGAAUUAUCAAUGAGUGUUAUCUUUGCAAUUGCUGUUCUUUUUAUGUUUGUUCAAAAAUUGUUGCUUUUCUAAUUAUUAUGUAAAAAAACGAUAUUAAGACAUGAUAAUCUAUUAAUUUGCUCAUCCACGGCGGUUAAAACGGGCGUUCAAAAAUGUUGCUUGGGUUUGUGGUAAACAGGCGUUACGCGUAACGCUAGCGUAACGUAGAGGGCUGAGCCUUACUUUUACCUCAAUUUGCUUAUCCACGACGAUUAAACCAGGCGUUCAAAAAUGCUGCUUGGGUUUGCGCUAGACAGACGUUACUUGUAACGCUAGCGUAACGUAGAGGGCUGAGCGUUACUUUUCCCAAAUAAUUCAUUAUGCGAUCUAUGAGGUCCCAGGGUGUUUGUCCUGUAUAGUAACUGGGAAACAUUUUAAUGAUAACGGAAGCUGGGGAACAAUUACCAAAUGUACAAACCAAAAUGUAAGCAUCGCUAGCGGAGCAUCGCUAAGUCAGUAUACCAAAUGAAGUCAGUAUCCCAAGAAAAUAUAUAGCAUUCAGUUAACAGCAUAGAUUUUGGAGGUGGAGUUAAUUUCUUCAUGUUCAUAGCACCCUGAUAGCAAAUCUUGCAGAAAGUAUUUGGUGGGUAUGAGUUAAAUCGAAUUAAACAGUUUUGAAGAGUUAAGCAAUCGGUUUGAUCUGAUACUGCAUAGGGCCGAGAAACGUGGAUCCCCGGACGUGUUGGUGAAUGGUGCUGAUAGAGAGAAGGAAAUAUUCACUGUAAUAUGCCUAUCACUUCAAUAACAGGAGAGCCAAUGAACUAGCGCCCCAUUUACUCCAUAGCUUGAUAGUUUUGAAAUAAGCAUUGAGUGAUUUACGGAUUCAAAGGCAACAUUGACGCUGUUGGCUGUUAUAAUAAAUUCAUAAACUUUA